CGCGAAACACUUUCUUUCUUCCAGGGAUCAAUCAUGGCCACACCGAGUUUCCUCUCAUCGUUCAAGUACUCCGACAGCCUCUCGGUGGUCGGCAUCUCAAUCUGCACGGCCGUCGUAUGCGAGGCCAUCUCCUGGCUUCUCAUCUACCGAACCAACUCCUACAAAUCUCUCAAGUCCUCCAUAGACAAGGCCUCCAAGAAGCUCGAGACUAUGAAGACCGAUUCUAACAAGAUCAUCAACAAGAAGUCCAAGACCAAAAAGAUCGACCGCGUUGAGACCAGCUUGAAGGACGCCAGCCGCGACCUCUCCCUCUUCAAGUUCAAGUCCGGUGCCGUCGUUGCCGUUGUGCUCUUCGUUGUCUUUGGGCUUCUGAACUCGCUUUUCGAGGGCAAAACAGUGGCCAAGCUUCCUUUUAAGCCCUUUGGAAUUGUUAUGAAGAUGAGCCACAGGGGAUUGCCAGGGAACGAUGCAACGGAUUGUUCCAUGGCGUUCUUGUAUUUAUUGUGUUCCGUCAGUAUCCGUACCAAUCUACAGAAGUUUCUCGGCUUCUCUCCCCCAAGGAGCGCAGCCGGUGCCGGACUGUUCCCAAUGCCGGAUCCGAAGACAAAUUGAUCAGACGUUUUAAUGGUAUGAAAUACUCCCUGGGUGUCAAAGCUCUAAUGUAUGAUGUUAAAAAAAGAUUAUGAAGGCAUCUCUAUCUAAUUUGCCUUGGACACUCUAAAGCAGAGGAACAGUGGAGCCAUCCUUGUAGAGCUGGGUUUGGAGUUUCCUUUUCUUCUCCACUGGGCUAUCUCGUUCGAGCUAUCGACUUGCAGCUUGUAUUUGCACUAGUGUCUUGUUCUUGCCUGGGAAACUUUGAUUUUCUUUUUUGAAAAGACUUGUGCUUUUAAAAGCUUGUAGUUUUCAUUACAGAAUGCAUUAGCAUGGCUUCUUAUCGCAGCGCAAAAA